ACGAUUCGUUUGUGAGUCGGACACUCGAGCUCCAAGCAGCUCGGCGAUCUGUUAGCAGGGUCUGGGGGAAAGGAGUGGGACUGGGAGCAGCUGUGGCAAAAUGUCCAACUAAUCUCGAAAGAAAAGCCAACUUACGCAGGAGGAAAACAUUACAGCCCUUUCACUGAGAGGGAAAAACGAGACGAGUGUCGGAGACUAGGGCGUAAGUGCGCAUCGGUUCAGAGAGCGACUCGGAGCGUUUUUUUAUCGGAACUCACUGGAAAGAAAAUAACAGCCACAUAAAAAGAAGACUGGCGCACACACUGACAAUAAAAGCGCACAUUCCCGUCAAGUGGACCGCUACCACGACCUGGCGUUUACGGGAAGCCAGAAAGGAAACAAUGAAGACAUAACUCAUCAAGUGUGCCCGUCAGCUAGCCUGGCUAGCAUCGUGUGUGCCGUGGGACUAGCCGGAGCUAGCUAACGUUCAGUUAGCCUGUGAGCUAGCCGAGCUAGUUUCCCUCAGGAAAGUUUUUCCGCUUUAACAAAUACUUGGAAACAGAUUGGAAGAGGAACUUGAGGUUGAAAGCAGAGAAAUAAGGGCAGGCUCUCUUCUCGAGUCACCCUCAAUCCUCUGCUUUUCAUGGACGCGGAGGUCAGGAACGAAGAGCGGGGCACCGUACCGUCAGGGACCGGGGUUGGGGUUACGGACGGCAGCAGAGGGCCUGACUCGACCCACUUUCCGUUUUACCCGAAAACUAGCCGGGUGCGGGUGAGCGACUUUCGCCAGCAGCCCUCCCGCACGUCCCCGGACGGGCUUCCCGACGUGAUGAUUUACCCGGUGCCCGGAGAAGAGCUGUCGGCCGCGGGGAGUGGCGGCCAGCCCGCGGCUCAUGGAUCAGGGAGCUCAGGGACUGCUGCUGGGGGAGGCUGCUAUUCCCCCACCUCGGAGGGACCAGAUAGCCGGAUGUCGCCCACUUCAGCCGGCUCAGAUGGGCCUUCUGUCUUCCCCCCACUGCCUCCACCGCCUCCCCCACCUCCCGGCUACGGGGCACACGGGAGCGUGGACGAAAGCGACCAGCAGGAUGGACCGGAAUACGAGGAAGAGGAGGCUGUUUUCUCCCUCUCUGCGCCACCUACUAACCAAUGGUACCAUGGGAAGCUAGACAGGACCAUUGCCGAGGAGCGGCUGCGUCAGGCCAGGACCCCGGGCAGCUACCUGAUCAGGGAGAGUGACCGGCGGCCUGGGUCCUUUGUGCUGUCCUUCCUCAGCAUGACAAACGUGGUCAACCACUUCAGGAUCAUUGCCAUGUGUGGGGAUUACUACAUUGGUGGGAGGCGUUUCUCUUCUUUGUCAGACCUCAUUGGUUAUUACAGCUAUGUGUCUUGCCUACUGAAAGGUGAAAAGCUGCUAUCACCAGUGGCUCCUCCAGAGCCUGUGGAAGACAGGAGAAGAGUGAGAGCCAUCCUUCCAUACACCAAAGUGCCAGAGACAGAUGAAAUCAGUUUCCUCAAAGGAGACAUGUUUAUCGUUCACAAUGAACUUGAAGACGGCUGGAUGUGGGUGACCAACGUGAGGACGGAGGAGCAGGGCCUCAUAGUGGACGAUCUGGUGGAGGAGGUGGGACGAGAGGAGGAUCCCCACGAGGGCAAAAUCUGGUACCAUGGAAAAAUCAGCAAGCAAGAGGCAUACAAUCUGCUGAUGACAGUGGGCCAGGUGUGCAGCUAUCUGGUGCGGCCAUCGGACAACACGCCAGGGGACUACUCGCUUUUCUUCCGCACCAAUGAGAGCAUCCAAAGGUUCAAAAUCUGCCCCACCCCGAACAACCAGUACAUGAUGGGGGGGAGGUACUACAACAGUGUUGAUGAUAUCAUCGAGCAUUACAGAAAAGAGCAGAUUGUAGAAGGCUAUAACCUGAAAGAUCCUGUUUCAGUCCAGCAACAAGAACAAGUGCUGUCUGACACUGUCGACGGAAGAGAAAUUUAUAACACUAUCCGGCGAAAAACGAAAGAUGCUUUCUACAAAAACAUUGUCAAGAAAGGAUACCUCCUGUUCAACAAAGGCAAAGGAAAGCGCUGGAAGAACCUGUACUUCAUCCUGGAGGGCAACGAUGCUCAGCUCAUCUAUUUUGAGAGCGAGAAGCGUGCUACCAAACCCAAAGGGCUGAUUGACCUGAGUGUGUGCUCUGUGUAUGGAGUGCAUGACAGUCUGUUUGGCAGGCCAAACUGUUUCCAGAUCGUGGUUCAGCACUUUAGCGAGGAGCAGUACAUUUUCUACUUUGCAGGAGACAUACCUGAGCAGGCCCAGGAUUGGAUGAAAUGUCUGCAAACCUUCUGCAGUAACCUAAGGAAGCCAGCACAGGCCCCCUCUAACAAGCGUCUACGUCAAGUGAGCAGCUUAGUGCUUUAUGUGGAAGAGGCCCACAAACUUCCCAUUAAGCAUUUCACCAACCCCUACUGCAACAUCUACCUGAACAGUGUGCAGGUAGCCAAGACUCACCCUAGAGAGGGCCAGAACCCUGUAUUCACAGAAGAAUUCAUUUUUGAUGACUUAUCCAGUGAAAUCAACAGAUUUGAAAUCAGCCUAAGCAACAAAACAAAGAAGAGCAAAGAAAGUGACAUUUUGUUUAUGCGCUGCCAGCUGAACCGGCUGCAUAGGGGCCAGAUGAUUGACGAGUGGUUCCCUCUGAGCUCUCACGUGCCUUUGAAGGGAAUCGAACCAGGUACCCUGCGGGUGCGAGCACGCUAUUCCAUGGAGAAAAUCAUGCCAGAGGAGGAGUACAAUGAAUUCAAAGAGCUCAUCCUUCAAAAAGACUUUCACGUGAUCUAUGCGCUGGCCCAUGUUUGUGGUCAGGACCGCACUCUGCUGGCCAGCAUCCUGCUCAGGAUCUUCAGGCACGAAAGAGCAGAGGCUCCCCUGCUGAGGACUCUCAAUGACCGAGAGAUAAACAUGGAAGAUGAAGCCACCACUCUGUUCCGUGCCACCACACUGGCCAGCACUCUGAUGGAGCAGUACAUGAAGGCCACUGCCACACCUUUCGUCCACCAUGCCCUCAAAGACACCAUUCUCAAGAUUAUGGAAAGCAAGCAGUCUUGUGAGCUGAACCCGUCCAAACUGGAGAAGAACGAGGAUGUAAAUUUGAAUCUGACACAUCUGCUCACCAUCCUUUCUGAGCUGGUGGAGAAAAUCUUCAUGGCUGCUGAGAUCCUGCCUCCGACUCUGAGGUUUAUAUACGGGUGCCUGCAGAAGUCUGUGCAGCAGAAAUGGCCCACUAACACUACAAUGCGGACCAGAGUUGUGAGUGGUUUUGUCUUCCUGCGGUUAAUCUGCCCUGCCAUUCUCAACCCCAGAAUGUUCAACAUCAUCGCUGACCCUCCAUCCCCGACCGCAGGCCGAACGCUCACCCUGGUGGCCAAGUCUGUCCAGAACCUGGCCAAUCUGGUGGAGUUUGGUGCCAAGGAGCCCUACAUGGAAGGAGUGAAUCCAUUCAUUAAGAACAACAAACAACGGAUGAUCAUGUUUCUGGAUGAGUUGGGGAAUGUCCCUGACCUGCCCGAUGCUACAGAGCACUUUAGGACUGAUCUGUCCCGAGACCUUGCUGCCCUGCAUGAGAUCUGUGCUACUCACUCGGAUGAACUCCGCACCCUCAGCAACGAGAGAGGAGCACAGCAGCAUGUGCUGAAAAAGCUGCUGGCCAUCACUGAGCUCCUCCAGCAGAAACAGGCGCAGUACGCCAUGUCCAACAGCAACAGGUAGUUCCAUCUCCCCCUCUCUGUCUGUCACUCAGUCUGUCUCCGUCUCCAUGGAGUAGCCAGUGGGAUCCCAGCAUGCUCCACCCUCAUCACCAUGGCAACCUCUCCCCAUCUCUUUCCUCACUCUCCCUCCCCUUCCUCCGCCACGCCACAAGAACUAUGCAACUACAGCAGUGAAACAAAACAAAACA